CACUUUAUUGCUGACUUCUCUUACGUCUUUCCUAUUAAUAAUUGUGACGGCACGGGAGCUUUUUAUCGAACGACAUUAUUUGUUAUAAAGAAAUGAAAAGUAUCUUACUCGACCAGCCGACACUAGAAAUGAUUCAGAAGGGGAAUUGUUUAUAUAACAUAGUUCAAGUCCAUGCAUUGCAUUGAUUUUGGCUUCAUUUAAUAAUUCAUUUUCUGAGAGUAAUGUCUUUUCCAUAAAAAUCAGUAAACACAACUUCUGAAUUUGAUAACAUUGGGAAAGAAAAGGGCGUGGCGGACUGGACUCUUUUGAUUUACGAUAAAUCACACUGUGUCUCAAACAUUUUUGACACUAGAAUUAAUUUUCUUUCUUGCAACGUAUUCUUCAAUGUCUAAAAAUGGGCAUAAGUCAGUUGUAUUAUGGCAUAUGAACGGUAGUAUGGCAACUAUCUAUCAAUACAGCGAGGAACAAAAGAAAAGAGUUCCUUUGGAAACCAUAAGUUUUGUCUCCAAAGCUUAUUUGGCUUUCCGUAAAAUAGACGAACUGCGUAUUGUCUCUGCUGCUAUACCCUUCUUGAUUUACUUGUAUUCGCUUCGACUUCAAAGCAACCAGUUGACAAGUCUUCCAAAUGAAAUAUGGAGACUAGAGAACCUUAUAGAACUUAAUCUCGGUCAUAACCAACUUACCUCUCUUCCUAAAGAAGUUGGACUCCUUGUCAAUUUACAAGAGUUAUACGUGCAUAAUAAUCAGAUCAAAAAGAUACCAUCACAACUCGCCAAUUUAAAACAGUUGACAAUACUAGAUUUAACCGAGAAUUUAUUAAGUUUUUUACCGAAUCGAGUGCACAAGUUGAAACUAAAACAAUUAUGGAUUGACAAUAAUCCAUUUGAUGCUGUUCCAACAACAACAACAAAGCAAUCCAUGUCACUGAAGAGUAUUUGCGAACAAACUAUUGGUAGUUUAUGCAUGACUGAUGAUGAAUCAAGAGAAGCAGUGAUUGAAUCCAUUUUGAUGGAUAAGCAAAGACUGAUACCAGAUACGAUUGAACUAGUAGAGAAAUGCGAUUCUUGUUCUUUACCAAUCUUUCAUGAAGGGUUGGAUAUCAUUAAACUAAACAAUGGCGUACCUGUUCUCUUUAAAGCAUGUAGCCAGACCUGUCACAAUAAAAUCUGAUCUAACAUGCGGAAAAACAAAGUAUGGAAUGACGUAGAAAUAAAAGUGAGCUAAAUUUGUUUACUUCUCUUUAAUUUUUUUUUUC